GGCUGUGGGAUAAUGGCGUGUGGGUUGUGGCUGUGAGGAUGAGUUCCUGCUUCGUGCCGAACGGGGCCAGCCUGGAGGAUUGCCAUUCCAACCUCUUCUGCCUGGCUGAUCUAACCGGGAUUAAAUGGAAGCGCUACGUGUGGCAGGGCCCAACAUCUGCCCCCAUUCUGUUCCCGGUCACGGAGGAGGAUCCCAUCCUGAGCAGCUUCAGCCGCUGCCUCAAGGCCGACGUGCUCAGCGUGUGGCGCCGCGACCAGAGGCCCGGGCGCAGGGAGCUCUGGAUAUUCUGGUGGGGGGAUGACCCCAACUUUGCUGACCUGAUCCAUCACGAUCUCUCAGAAGAGGAAGAUGGGGUUUGGGAGAACGGGCUCUCCUACGAGUGCCGCACUCUGCUGUUCAAAGCUGUUCACAACCUGCUGGAGAGGUGCCUGAUGAACAGGAACUUCGUGCGCAUCGGCAAGUGGUUCGUGAAGCCUUACGAGAAGGAUGAGAAACCCAUCAACAAAAGUGAGCACUUGUCCUGCUCGUUCACCUUCUUCCUGCACGGGGACAGCAACGUGUGCACCAGCGUGGAGAUCAGCCAGCACCAGCCCGUGUACCUGCUCAGUGAGGAGCACCUCACCCUGGCCCAGCAGUCCAACAGCCCCUUCCAAGUUAUCCUGAGUCCCUUUGGAUUGAAUGGAACACUUACAGGGCAGUCCUUCAAGCUUUCUGAUUCAUCCACAAAAAAGCUGAUUGGGGAGUGGAAGCAAUUCUACCCCGUCACAUCUAACUUGAAGGAGGGAUCUGAGGAAAAACAAGAAGAAAUGGAUUGGGAGGAUGAUUCUCUAGCUGCUGUUGAAGUCCUCGUUGCUGGUGUGAGGAUGGUGUACCCGGCGUGCUUCGUGCUGGUCCCUCAGACAGACAUCCCUGCUCCCAGCUCUGUGGGGGCUCCCCACUGCUCCACUGCCUGCCUGGGGGUCCACCAAGUGCCUGCUUCCACCAGGGACCCUGCCAUGUCCUCUGUCACCCUGACUCCACCCACGUCCCCGGAGGAAGUUCAGACAGUUGAUGCUCAAUCUGCCCAGAAAUGGGUGAAGUUUUCCUCUGUUUCGGAUGGAUUUAUCUCAGACAGCACCAGCCAUCACGGUGGCAAAAUCCCCAGAAAACUGGCCAACCAAGUGGUGGACAGAGUCUGGCAAGAGUGUAACAUGAACAGAGCACAGAACAAGAGGAAGUAUUCUGCUACAUCAAAUGGCUUGUGUGAGGAGGAGACAGCUGACAAGGUGGCAUCCUGGGAUUUUGUUGAAGCCACGCAGAGGACAAAUUGCAAUUGUUCAAGGCACAAAAAUCUCAAACCAAGAAAUUCAGGUCAACAGGGGCAGGCCCCACCUGUGGGCCCCCAGCAGCCGGCGGCUCCGAAGCACAAGACAAAUGAGAAGCAAGACAAAGGGGAUAAGCCACAGAAACGCCCUUUGACUCCUUUUCAUCAUCGUGUAUCUAUCAGUGAUGAUGUUGCCAUGGAGGCAGAUUCAGCGAGUCAGAGGCUUGUGAUGACUGCACCAGACAGCCAAGUGAGGUUUGCCAAUAUCCGAACUAACGACGGAGCCAAGCCCCCUCAGCUGCACGGGGCCGAGUUGGCAAACUCGCCUCAGCCGCCGCCGCUCAGCCCCCACCCCUGUGACAGCACCGACGAGGGGGUGCCCAAAGCCCCCUCCACGCCCCAGAGUCAGCAUUUCUACCAGAUGCCAACACCAGACCCCUUGGUCCCCACAAAAGCGAUGGAGGACAGGCUCGAUGGCCUGUCCCAGCCUUUCCCAGCCGCGUUCCCCGAGGUCAUAGAGCCCACCGUGUACGUCGGCACCGCCGUCAAUUUGGAGGAGGAUGAAGCCGACGCCACUUGGAAGUAUUAUAAAGUUCCAAAGAAAAAGGAUGUGGAGUUCUUACCGCCCCAGCUUCCAAAUGAUAAGUUGAGAGAUGAUCCAGUAAUACCUGCUGGACAGGAAAAUGUAACAUCAGUUACAGAAUUAAUGGUGCAAUGUAGGAAACCUUUGAAGGUUUCAGAUGAACUGGUGCAACAGUAUCAGAGUAAAAACCAAUAUUUAACAGCUGUAGCAACAGAAGCUGACCAGGAACCUGAAAUCGAUCCCUAUGCCUUUGUGGAUGGAGAUGUGGAAUUCCUAUUUCCUGACAGCAAAAAGGACAGGCAGAACAUUGAGAGAGAAGUGGGGAAGAAACACAAGGCUGAGGAUGGGACAUCCAGUGUUACAGUUCUAUCCCAUGAAGGAGAGGAUGCAAUGUCUCUGUUUAGUCCUUCUGUCAAGCAAGAUGCCCAGCGCUUGGCUGCCCACGCCCGCACUGCCUCGACCAGCCUGUUCCACGAGACAGACCUGGUGGUGUCCUACACUGACCUGGACAAUCUCUUCAAUUCUGAUGAAGAUGAACUCACACCUGGAUCUAAACGAACAGUGAACGGGACUGAUGACAAAUCCAACUGCAAAGAGGCAAAAACAGGAAAUCUAGACCCUCUGUCAUGCAUAAGCACUGCAGAUCUCCAUAAAAUGUAUCCAACUCCCCCUUCAUUGGAACAACAUAUUAUGGGGUUUUCUCCAAUGAACAUGAACAAUAAGGAAUAUGGCAGCAUGGACACUACACUUGGAGGAACGGUGCUGGAGGGGAAUAGCUCUGCUGUGGGAGCUCAGUUCAGAAUCGAAGUAGAUGAGGGUUUCUGCAGCCCCAAACCUGCUGAAAUCAAGGAUUAUUCUUAUGUUUAUAAACCUGAGAACUGUCAAGCUUUAGUGGGAUGUUCCAUGUUUGCACCACUGAAGACUCUUCCCAGCCAGUGUCUUCCUCCCAUCAAGCUGCCUGAGGAAUGCAUUUACCGCCAGAGCUGGACUGUGGGAAAGCUGGAUCUGCUUCCUCCAGGCCCUGCCAUGCCUUUCAUCAAAGAUGGUGAUGGGAGCACCAUGGACCAGGAGUACGGCCCUGCCUACACCCCCCAGACCCACACUCCGUUUGGGAUGCCCCCGAGCAGUGCCCCUCCCAGCAACAGCGGGGCUGGAAUCCUCCCUUCUCCUUCCACCCCUCGCUUCCCAACUCCCAGAACACCAAGGACUCCCCGCACGCCCCGUGGAGCCGGCGGGCCUGCGAGCGCCCAGGGCUCCGUGAAAUACGAGAACUCAGACCUGUACUCCCCAGCUUCCACGCCCUCCACGUGUCGGCCGCUGAACUCGGUGGAGCCUGCGACGGUGCCUUCUAUCCCCGAGGCACACAGCCUGUAUGUGAAUCUCAUCCUCUCCGAGUCCGUCAUGAACCUCUUCAAAGACUGCAACUUCGACAGCUGCUGCAUUUGUGUUUGCAAUAUGAACAUCAAAGGUGCUGAUGUUGGAGUUUACAUUCCUGAUCCAACACAAGAGGCCCAGUAUAGGUGUACCUGUGGUUUCAGUGCUGUUAUGAAUAGAAAAUUUGGCAACAGUUCGGGGCUGUUUCUCGAAGACGAGCUGGAUAUUCUGGGGCGAAACACAGAGUGCGGCAAAGAAGCAGAAAAACGCUUUGAAGCUCUCAGAGCUACUUCCAUUGAACACGGCAGUGGAGGGCUGAAAGAACCCGAGAAACUGCCUGAUGACUUGAUACUGUUGCUGCAGGAUCAGUGCACCAACCUGUUCUCACCCUUUGGAGCAGCAGACCAAGACUCCAUGGCCAAAGUUGGUGCUGUCAGCAACCUGGUACGUGUAGAAGAAAGGGAUUGUUGCAAUGACUGCUACUUAGCCUUGGAACAUGGACGGCAGUUCAUGGACAAUAUGUCAGGAGGGAAAGUUGAUGAAGCACUUGUGAAAACUACUUGCUUGCACCACUGGUCAAAAAGAAAUGUGGUGGAUGUGAGCAUGCAGUGUUCCCAGGACAUCCUGCGCAUGCUGCUCUCGCUCCAGCCCGUGCUGCAGGACGCCAUCCAGAAGAAGCGGACGGUCCGGUCCUGGGGCGUGCAGGGACCCCUCACGUGGCAGCAGUUCCACAAAAUGGCUGGGAGAGGCUCCUACGGAACUGACGAGUCCCCAGAACCACUGCCAAUCCCAACAUUUUUGUUGGGAUACGAUUACGAUUUCCUGGUGCUGUCUCCAUUUGCAUUGCCCUACUGGGAGAGGCUGAUGCUGGAACCUUACGGAUCCCAGCGAGACGUUGCUUACGUUGUGGUGUGCCCGGAGAACGAGGCUCUGCUCAACGGAGCCAAAAGCUUCUUUAGGGAUCUGACUGCAAUAUACGAGUCCUGCAGGCUUGGUCAGCACAGACCUAUCUGUAAGUUACUGCCUGAUGGGAUCAUGAGGGUUGGACCUACAGCCUCCAAGAAGCUCUCAGAGAAGUUGGUCACGGAGUGGUUCUCACAGACAGCCAAUGCCAACAACGAUGCGUUCUCCAAACUCAAACUCUACGCUCAAGUGUGCAGAUAUGAGCUGGGUCCUUAUCUUGCUUCUCAGCCUUUGGACAAUUCUCUACUUUCCCAAACAAACCUGGUCCCUCCCUCCAGCCAGGCAGCCUCUACUCUGCCCCCAGUGCCAGCCCCUGCUGCCAAUCCCAACACUCCGGCGUCGGCUCCCGCAGCUCCCACCAGCAGCACCAUCACAGUGACCUCCAGCAGUGCCAUGUCCUCUGCAGCCACUACAGCCAACUCCACCCUGACCACCACUGCCCCAUCCUCCUCCUCUGCCAGCCUGGGCAGUGGCAUUCCAACGAGCAAGCCUUCCUCAUUCCCACCUUUCAGCAAUAUGAACAAUACCACUCCUGCCUCCCUGCCUGCCCAGGCUGCAUCGGUCCCAAAUGGGCAAACUGGGGGGCAGCAGCAACAGCCAACACUGCAAACAGCAGGGAUGUCUGGAGACACGGCUGCAGCACCUGCACAGCCCCACCCAGAGGUUUCUGAAAGCACUAUGGAUCGUGAUAAAGUUGGAGUCCCCACAGAUGGAGAUUCACAUGCUAUCACCUAUCCACCUGCAAUUGUAGUUUACAUAAUUGAUCCUUUCACUUAUGAAAAAAAGGAUGAGAACAGUAGCUCAUCCAGUUUGUGGACACUUGGACUUCUGCGCUGCUUUCUGGAGAUGGUUCAGGUUCUUCCUCCCAACAUCAAGAACAUCAUUUCUGUGCAGAUUGUCCCAUGUCAGUACCUGCUCCAGCCUGUGAAACACGAGGACCGGCAGAUUUACACUCAGCAUUUAAAAUCUUUGGCAUUUUCAGCUUUCACUCAGUGUCGGAGACCUCUCCCAACUUCCACCAACGUGAAAACCUUAACUGGCUUUGGCCCAGGUUUAGCCAUGGAAACUGCUCUUAGGAGCCCUGAUAGACCUGAGUGCAUUCGACUCUACACCCCUCCUUUUAUACUGGCUCCAGUAAAGGACAAGCAAACGGAGCUGGGAGAAACCUUUGGAGAAGCUGGCCAGAAAUAUAAUGUGCUUUUUGUGGGCUACUGUUUGUCUCAUGAUCAGAGGUGGCUGCUUGCAUCCUGUACAGACCUCUAUGGAGAGCAGUUAGAAACUUGUAUAAUUAAUAUUGAUGUACCAAACAGAGCUCGCAGGAAAAAGGGUUCUGCCCGCAGACUGGGUCUCCAGAAACUCUGGGAAUGGUGCUUGGGACUUGUGCAGAUGAGCUCUUUGCCAUGGAGAGUUGUCAUAGGCCGCUUAGGAAGGAUAGGACAUGGGGAAUUAAAAGACUGGAGCUGUUUGCUGAGCCGCCGGAAUCUGCAGUCCCUGAGCAAGAGGCUGAAGGACAUGUGCAGGAUGUGUGGCAUCUCUGCUGCAGACUCCCCCAGCAUUCUCAGUGCUUGCUUGGUGGCCAUGGAACCCCAGGGAUCCUUCAUUAUUAUGCCAGAUUCCGUGUCCACCGGCUCCGUGUUCGGGCGCAGCACCACUCUGAACAUGCAAACAUCUCAGCUGAACACGCCCCAGGACACGUCCUGCACUCACAUCCUGGUGUUCCCCACCUCUGCAUCCGUGCAAGUGGCAUCAUCCACUUACACCACUGAGAACCUGGAUCUGGCCUUUAACACAAACAAUGAUGGAGCAGAUGGAAUGGGAAUCUUUGACUUGUUAGACACUGGAGAUGAUCUUGAUCCUGAUAUUAUAAAUAUUCUUCCUGCAUCUCCUGGUGGAUCCCCUGUGCAUUCUCCAGGGUCCCACUACCCCCAUGGAGGUGAUAUGGGCAAGGGUCAAGGCACAGAUCGAUUGCUUUCCACAGAAUCUCAUGAUGAAGUAACAAAUAUACUGCAGCAGCCACUGGCCCUCGGUUACUUUGUGUCAACUGCCAAAGCAGGUCCAUUGCCUGACUGGUUUUGGUCAGCGUGUCCUCAAGCACAAAAUCAGUGUCCCUUGUUUCUUAAGGCCUCUUUGCACCUCCACGUGCCUUCAGUGCAAUCAGAUGAGCUACUCCACAGUAAACACUCCCAUCCACUUGAUUCUAAUCAAACUUCUGAUGUGCUCAGGUUUGUUCUGGAACAGUACAAUGCACUCUCCUGGCUAACCUGUGAUCCUGCAACCCAGGACAGACGGUCAUGUCUCCCAAUUCAUUUUGUGGUGCUGAAUCAGUUGUAUAACUUUAUCAUGAAUAUGCUGUGAUCUUCAUCUGAAUUUUGCAAGACAAAAAUGAGGAAAAGGGAUAUUUCACUGCAGGACUAAGUUAUAAUUCUUCUCAGUGCAAGUUGUUUGUGAUGGGGUAUGAAUCUUGUUACUUCCAGCAAAUAUUGUUUUGACUUGUGAGAGGGGCACCCAAUGCCCUGCUGUCUUUGAGUCGCUGACUAUGGGGGACGCUUCAGAAUGAUGAUCAGAAAGUGUAUUAUAACAUUUUUAGUAGCAAAAUUAACCAUUUUUCCCCAGCCACAGUAUUUGUGAAGAGUAAUGAGCCAUAGUACCCAGUCAUGGUUAAUGAACUUUAAAAGCAUGGAGAUGAGAAGAAACAUGAGGAACAAUUACGUUUCAACCUAUGGCUUCAGAACAUCAAGAUGUUCUUGUAUUGGAUUAUAGUACUUAGUAUUCAAAAAUGCCUGCAUCUCUUAUUUAUUGUAAGUUUUUAAAUGUAUAAAUUGUCUUAUAUUUCUUAACCUCUUUUAUAAAAAUUUUCCUAGAAGGUUUAUACUGCCUUCUUGCUUUAAAGCAAUUGGUCUAAAAUAUAUGUAAUCGUCUUAAUUAAAAGUUGCAGUAGGUUG